AUGGAGACACAGAGGGAUUAUUAUGGCGAAUCCAAAACCUAUAUCAAGGAACUAAGAGCCAGGUUCCAAGACCAGCCUGAAAAAUUGAGUAGCUUUUACAGGGUCAUGAAAGAUGUCAUGGCUCUAACAGAUGAGCUCUCAGGGAGAAUAGAAAACGUAUCUGAUGAUGUCUUGGCAAGAGUGAAGGAGAUUCUUGAAGGUCAUUGUGACCUGAUACGUGGGUUCAACUUGUUUUUGCCGCCCUCGCGUCGAUUUAGCCUUGAUGAUGAUGAAGAUGAGACAGUAGAGGUAGAGGAUAAGGAUAAGGAGGAAGCUGCGGCUGUUUCGGCAGAGAAAACAAUGCUGUUACAGAAUUUUAUAGACAAGCAGAGGAUGCGUGGCGGAAAGGUCUGGGAUGAUGAUGUGAAGGUUUUAAGACAGUUAAAGGACAGGAGGGAUCUCUAUAAAGUUAUUGUCCCGCUGUGCGGAGACGAUACUGAUUUACUAGAGGGUUUUUAUAGAUUCGUGAGAGCUUCCGAAAAAACUUCAGGAGCAUCUCGUGACCCAAACUCUCAAGAUAAAGAUGUGAACAACGGCAGAGAAGUCACAAUUCAGACUGGCGAGCAGCAGCAGGAGCAGCAUGAAAAGAUUGAUCAGGUGGGUGUAGAGAAAGAUGAGGAAAGAAAUAUUGUCAAGAAGGCAGGAAGAUACGCAGAGAAAGCAUAUGACAGGGUGGUCAUAAAAAAGCUCCGGCAGGAUGGACUCUGCUUGUUCGAGAAGGUUCGGAAGAGGCUAUCAUGUGAGAACAGCUAUUAUAAAUUCUUAAAGUUGAUUUUCUAUUAUACUAAUCGAAUGAUUCAAAAGGAUGAAUGGAAAGAAAGGAUAGCUGCUGUGAUUGGAAAGCAUCCUGAUCUCAUGGAUGAGUUCCAGCGUUAUGUUACAGACUCUGAGAAUGUUCAUGUAUCCAGGAAACAAGAUGAGGAAGAGGAUGAAGAGCAGAAGAUUGAAACAAGGGGAUGCAAACAAAGGGACAAAAAGAAUGGGAAGUAUCUGUAUAAGUCAAAUCGAGAACUUGAUCUCUCUCAGUGCAAAAGGUGUACCCCUAGUUAUCUGUAUCUUCCAAAAGACUAUCGUGAUCCUCCUAAACACAAUAGAAUGCAGCCCGAACUGCAGGAGUUGAAUGAUCGAUUUUUGCUGGUGCCUCCAGGAACUGAGGACUUCUUCUCCAGGAACAUCGACGAGAACGAGGAAAUCUUGUUUGAAUGUGAAGAUAAUAGACAUGAGAUGGACAUGCUAAUUGGUUGGUUUAGUUCAGCUGUUGAGUACGCAGAUGAAUUGGAAAAAGGCAUCCCUCGUGACAAAUUCAAAAAAGGGAAUCGGAAUAUCUUUUUAAGAUGUCUCGAACGUUUAUAUGAUGAUCAGGGUCUUGAUUUACUCCACAAAUUCAACGAAGAUCCUCAACGUGCACUGCCUGUUCUAAAAGUUCGUUUGGAGCAAAAACUGAAGGAGCUGAAUGAUUAUCAUGAUAAACUUCGAGAAAAUUGGCGCAAUGUAUAUGCUAGAAAUUAG